ACAGCGGGCAUCGAGUCAACUGGCGGAACUGCGGGCACCGAGUCGUCUGGCAUGACUGCGGGCACCGAGUCGUCUGGCAAGACUGCGGGCACCGAGUCAUCUGGCAAGACUGCGGGCAUCGAGUCAACUAGCGGAACAGCGGGCAUCGGGUCACCAGGUAUGACAGCGGGCACUAGGUCACCAGGCAUCAGGUCAUUUGGCUCGCCAGCGGGCACCGCGUCAUCUGGCAAGGCAGUGGGCACCGAGUCACCAGGUACGACAGCGGGCUCUGAGUCAAUUGGCACGACAGCGGGCACUGGAUCAGGUACCGGAUCAUCUGGAUCAACAGCGGGCAUCGAGUCAACUGGCCUAAUAGGAUCAUCAGGCUGGAUCAGCUGAGUAGAGGCAUCAGGCUGAGUAGAGGCAUCCGGCUGAGUAGAGGCAU